ACGGGGGUCAUAGCUGAAAUGUCACCAGUAAUGGGCGAUUCAUUAUGAGUAACAACGAAACUGCGUUGAAGCUAGUUAAGCCGCCACUUUCAGUAGCCGGUUUCUUUUGUAAGAUCCCACACUAGACUCGCCGGGACUUCUGUGUUUACUCUUCACUCCCAGAGCGCGUUAUAUUUCGCAGCAGCUUCAGAAAAUGGAUGUUUACUCCAAAAUCUACGGCUUAUUGACAUUUAUCCUCCAGUCAAUUCUACUGUCAUCUACCACCCUGGAACCGUUCGAUCUGCUUUAUGAUAACGGAAUGGAGGCUUUUCAUAAAGGAGACUAUGACAAUGUAGUGCGGUACAUGGAGGGCGCGCUGGAGAGUUUCUCUGAAGUGCGCCAGACCAGAAUCAGAUGCCGGCUGAAAUGCGGUGACCAGCAUCGCUUUGACGGCUUUCUGACUGAUAAGAUUUAUGAAGUGAUUCUCUAUAGGGCGCAUUGUAUAAAUCAAUGCACCGAGGGAGAAAUUGGAGCCCAGUCUAUGCAUAAAGUUAGUGAGGAUGUCAUUCAAGAUUUCAAUAGAAGAAUUCCCUAUAACUACCUGCAGCUUGCCUACAGAAAACUUGGGCAACUGGACAAAGCUGUGUCUGCCGCUCAUACGUAUUUCCAAGCCAACCCUGAGCACGUGGAGAUGGGAGAACACUUGGAGCAAUACAAAGCCCAGAAGGGUGUAAAAGAGGAACACUUUAUUGACCGGGAAUCCCGCCCACACCAGAAAGCCUUCUUUGCUGGGGUGAAGCUCUACAACAAAGGCAACUACAAAGAGUCUGUGACGUUUUUUGAAGAUGCUUUGACUGAGUAUUACCGCGCCGAUGUGGAGUGCCGGGCCCUCUGUGAAGGGCCGCAGCACUUUGAGGAACAGAAUCAUGUUUUGUACAAAUACAACCUCUACGAGCUAAUCUCAGAUCAUUACACACAGGUUCUUCACUGCCAGCAUGAGUGCAUCCGAGACUUGGCCACACGCCCUGGUCGCCUGUCGCCCAUGGAAAACUACCUACCACUGCAUUACGACUACCUGCAGUUUGCCUAUUUCCAAGCUGGAAGGAAUGAGAAGGCGUUGGAGUGCGCGUUGACCUACCUGUUGUUCCACGAAGGCGAAAAGUUCAUGAGUGAGAAUGUGGAGUAUUACAGGGAAGUGCUGGGACAUGAUGGCCAGCCUCGUAAGGAAGCUGAACAGUAUCUAAAGCGGCACAAACAGGAGUUAGACCUGCUGCUCAUCGGCAGCAGUAAUCUUGGAGUGCCCUAUACUGAAGCAAACUACUGGAGCAGUUCGGGUGGUAGAGAAGAUACUAACAGGAUUCCUUCUGGUACCAAUGGCUGGAUGGACUAUGUGCCAAUAUCAAAGAGAAAUAUCACAGUGUCUGUGUUUCACGAGCUGCGGGAAGGAGGUCCAUUGGUGUAUGAGAAUGUACGACUUGUACAGAACUCCGUCACCCUGAACGGGAGUCAGAGGGUGCUUUUUGAUGAUGUCAUCAGUGAGGACGAGUGCUCUGAGCUCAACCAUCUGGCACACAGUGUCACUGCAGCUGGCGACGGCUACAAGGGGAAAAUGUCUCCUCACACACCAAAUGAGAAAUUCGAAGGAGCGACAGUAUUGAAAACGUUGAAGUAUGGCUAUGAGGGACGUGUUCCUUUAAAAAGUGCCCGCCUCUUUUAUGAUGUCAGCGAGAAGGCAAGGCGGAUAAUUGAGUCGUACUUCAUGCUGAACUCUACUCUUCAUUUCUCAUACACACAUCUUGUGUGUAGGACCGCCAUAUCUGGUCAGCAGGACCACAGAAAUGACCUCAGUCACCCAAUACAUGCUGACAACUGUCUUCUGGAUCCAGAAGCGAAUGAGUGCUGGAAAGAGCCGCCUGCUUACACCUACCGAGACUACAGUGCACUGCUGUAUCUGAAUGGCAAUUUUGACGGCGGAGAAUUCAUCUUUACAGAAAUAGAUGCCAAGACUGUCACCGCCUCAGUGAAGCCCAGGUGCGGGCGGAUGGUGGGGUUCUCGUCUGGCGGUGAGAAUCCACACGGUGUGCGAGCGGUCACUAGGGGGCAGCGGUGUGCUGUGGCACUCUGGUUCACUUUAGACCCCCUCUACAGGGAGCUGGAGAGGCUUCAAGCUGAUGAGGUGAUUCAAGGCCUGGAUAAUCAGCACAUGCGGGACCAAGGGCUGCAUAUAAACCCAAAAGACGAGUUAUAGUCCAUCAGCCAAUGGAAGAGAAAGUACAGGGUUCACAUCAUUUCUUAUUUAUUUAAUGAUCAGAAUGAUUUUAUUUUUUUUUACUGUGUGAAAAUUUGUUUUUAUUUUGUUUCUGUCUGUUUGUGAGAAUUUUAUCAUUGUUAUUAUCACGUGUGCAUAUAAAAUCUCAGCUCACAUUUAUUACGUUGCAUUCCUUUAAAGUCAACAUGAAAUCAAAAUCGAUUCAACGAUAUACUAUGGUAUUUCUAGUCUGGUAUAAAACAGAGAUUUCAUGAUCCUUUUUCUGUUAAAAUAUCCAGAUUCAGACGGUAAUACAUCACAUUACGGAAGUAAUUCUGAAUAUAUUUUUAUGUUGACUUUAAAAGAAACAGUGAACAUAAUUUAAAUUUAUAUCAAGGAAAGUAUGGUUUGGCUUUCUUGCCAUUCAUACCACCAAAGAGUGAAUUGACACUGUACAACAGCAUAUAUACAUUAUAUUGGAUAUAAUUUAUAUUCAAGUUUGUUUAACUAGACAUAAUCACAAGUUACCUAAUGAAACAGACUAUGAAAAAUGAGGAUUUGCACAGUUCUGUACUUACUGUAUAUUCUUCUGUGAUAUUAACAAACAAUAGCUGUCCAUUUUUAACAGUGCACUGUGGGUUCCUUCACGUUGAGACACCACAAUGCUUUCAAAUGAGUUAAUUUAUACUGUUUACAAAUGAUCUGACUGAAGCUAUGCUGUAGUUUGAUCAUAGACUGCUAUAAUUGCAAUCGUCAGCAUUUGAUAUUAGGAACCUUUUUAAUAAAAGAUGCUAUUUGUUCCUGUUUCAAGGAAUUUGAACUUAAAUGUGGCAUAUUAAUUGUCCUUUCCUUUCAAAUUCAUUGACUCGUGUCUCUCUGUGGGUGGGUGAAAUGUGCUUUGCACACUUGCCUCAGCUCUUGUUGAAUUUGAACAAGGACGAUGGCCACUUAUUGUCACUGAUAUUUGAUUACAUGAGUAUUUAAGUCUGCUUUUACUGUAUGUAAUACACAGUGAUGUUUGCAAUAUGUAUUUUAAAUUAAAGACUGAAUUAUACUUA